GCAGCCAAUCGGGAGCCAGCUUGAAGUUUCACGGGUUCAGUGGUAUUUAAGGUCAGCUGUCAUAAAUACCAAGAGGAUUUUCUACCUGUUUUUUCCUGGUAGCUAGAUCCCGGGACCCUGCUGGAAGACGGAAGAGGGAGAUGUCUCUACGAUGCGGGGUAGUGGUCCGCACCGUGAGACCCCAGGUAUUUGGAAAAUAUUUGUGCAGUCCAGUCAGAGCAGUAAGUUCCUUGCCAGAUAAAAAAAAGGAAUUUUUACAAAAUGGACCAGACCUUCAAGAUUUUGUGUCUGGUGAUCUUGCCGACAAGAGCACCUGGGAUGAAUAUAAAGGAAACUUAAAGCGCCAGAAAGGAGAAAGGUUAAGACUACCUCCAUGGCUAAAGACAGAGAUUCCCAUGGGGAAAAAUUACAAUAAGCUGAAAAAUACUUUGCGGAAUUUAAAUCUCCAUACAGUGUGUGAGGAAGCUCGAUGUCCCAAUAUUGGAGAGUGUUGGGGAGGUGGAGAAUAUGCUACUGCUACAGCCACAAUCAUGUUGAUGGGUGACACAUGUACAAGAGGUUGCAGAUUUUGUUCCGUUAAGACUGCAAGAAAGCCACCUCCGCUGGAUGCCAAUGAGCCCUACAAUACUGCAAAGGCAAUAGCAGAGUGGGGUCUGGAUUAUGUUGUCCUGACGUCUGUGGAUCGAGAUGAUUUGCCUGAUGGAGGAGCUGAACACUUUGCAAAGACUGUAUCACACUUAAAGGAAAGGAAUCCAAAAAUUCUUGUGGAAUGUCUCACUCCUGAUUUCCGAGGAGAUCUUAAAGCAAUAGAAAAAGUCGCUCUGUCAGGAUUAGAUGUAUAUGCACAUAAUGUAGAAACAGUUCCAGAAUUACAGAGCACUUCGUGAGGCAGAUGUGGACUGUUUGACUUUAGGACAGUAUAUGCAGCCAACAAAGCGCCACCUCAAGGUUGAAGAAUACAUUACUCCUGAAAAGU